UCAAUCCGUAGAUAUAGAUCCAACGGCUAUAAACGCUUCUAUUCCUUCCCAAAUUCGCACGCUUGCUUACCUAUUCUUCGCAACUACAACGGUCCAAUACAAAAUCCUCUAUUUUUUAAGUUCCAGAAGAUCCCUUCAUUAAAUUUGAAAACUAGUCGUUACUAACCAAGAAAAUAAGAAUCAUCUUCACCAAAAACCCCUCUCUCUCCCCUUAAAUAUUUUCGCCGACAUUUCAUUUCUGAUCCAAUUUGAAUCUCUCAAAUUUCUCUUUUCCUUUAUAUCUGAAAUCUUCACCCAAAUCCAUUUUAAUGGCGCUGCCGUCUAACAGAUCGUCUUCACCGUCGAUGGUGACCGGAAGAACAAGCCCUAUUUCGAGAAAUUCCGAAAUCGGCAACCCUGUCUACCGGAGCUUCUCCAGUAAUCCGUUUUCGAAGCCGUCGAUCGCCACCAGUUUGAGAAGCUUGAAUCCGAUCACUCCGGCGAAUAGUCCCUCCGUUGCAGAUUAUCCUCCACAAAGGAAUUCUGUGAGCAGAGAAAUUCUAUUUACUUCUCGAGACAAUGAGGAUAAAGAAAAUGGGAAAGAUCAGAGUCCGAAACUCACCAGAGUCCGUUCGCCGACGGUCGGAAAAUCGAUGAAGAAUUUCAUGUCGUCUACAAUUUCCGCCGCCUCCAAGAUUGCCGUCUCUCCGAAGAAGAAGAUUCUGGGCGAUCGGAACGAGCCAGUUCGUUCGUCUCUUUCAUUUUCCGGCAUGAAAAGCUCUUCACUCAACUCGAUGAAUCCAACUCCUGAGGCAUCAAUGGCAUUUGAAUCCGAUACGAACCCUCCAAUGCCUCUAAUUUCAAAUCCUAAAUCAACAAAAACAGUGAGAUUCGGUGGUGUUGAGGUCAUUUCUGGUUCGUACGAGGAUUCAGAAUCUACUUACCGAUAUGAUUUGAACCCGGAGUUGGUAACAAUGGCGGCUGUAACCGAUACGAAGUCUGGAAUUGGUCCGAUUCCUAAAUCUGCCAUUGCAGCAGCAUCUUCCAAAUCUUCUAAAACUGUGACAUUCGGUGGUUUUGAGGUUAUUUCUGAUUUCUGUGACGAUUCGGAAUACACAUACCGACAUGGACACGAUCCGAACCCAGAAGCUGUAACAGUGGCUGUUGAGGCCAACGCAGAGCCUGAAAUCGGUCCGAUUUCAGAUUCCGACAUUGCAGCUGUAACUCCCGAAGCUUCAAAGAUUAUGAGAUUUUCUGAUUUCGAGGUUGUCUCGAACAACGCUUUAGAGUCUUCGGUUAACAGUAAUUUAACUGAAGAAGUGGAUUCUGUUAAUCUUGACCCAAGUUUUAACAUCAGUCCAGUUUCUUCUCCAAUGAUAGCACCUAUGGAUGCUGAUCCCAUAAUCACUCCUUAUGAUCCUAAAACUAAUUAUCUGUCGCCAAGGCCACAGUUCCUCCAUUACAACCCAAACCGAAGAAUCAAUCGACCAGACGGUAGGUUUGAGGAACUCUUUUCCUCUUCGGAGGAGAUUGACUGUGAAGAUCCACAGAAAGAAUCUGAUGAAGUUUCUUCCAAUGAAUCACAGAUGAAAGAAGAAGAAAAAGAAGAAGAAGAGGUUAAUGUUUCUGAACAAGGCCCCACGGAAGUUAAAAAGUCGUCGAAGCUGUCUAGGAUACUCAAGAUCAGUUCUCUGCUUUUGAUUUUGUUUACUGCUUGCUUGUCGAUUUGUGUUGUGAAUGUCCAUGAUCCAACUAUCUUCCAAAGAUCAACCAUGUUAACAACGGGGGAUCAGUCCGAAAUUUUCGAGUCUGCUAAAACGAAUUUCAAUGUGUUGGUUGAGAAACUUGAGAUUUGGCAUGCGAAUUCCAUCUCUUUUAUUUCUGAUGUGGUUUUCAACUUCAGAGGAGGGCCGCCAUUGAUAUUUCUGAACCAAACUGAGUACGGGGAUGUCAAUAAGGAUGAGCAGUGUCUUGUAUUAUCUAAUCAGAACGUGUGGGAAGAAGAAAACAAUUUGAUGAAUGCAAUGGAAGCCAUGAAGGACAGAGAAGGUCAGAAUAAAGAGCGACAAGAACAAGAAGAAGAUGCACAAGAGGUUGAAGCCAUAAAGGUGAGAGAAAUUGGCAUCCAAACUGUUGAAAUAGAAUCUCAGAAUGAAGAAGCAGAAGAAGAAUCGUUUCAAGAGAUUGAGGCCAGAACCAAUGAUUCAGCAGACAUUGAAGAAGAGAAUGACGAGGCUUCUGAAGAAUCAUUACAAGAAAUCAUUGAACAUAUUGAGGGAGAAGGUCAGAAUAUAGAGGGACAAGAACAGCAAGAAGAAGCACAAGAUACCGAAGCCAUGAAGGUGAGAGAAAUUGGAAUCGAAACUGUUGAAAGAGAAUCUCAGAACGAAGAAGUAGAAGAAGAACCGUUUCAAAAGGCUGAAGCCAAAGCCAAUGAUCAGAAAGACAGCGAAGAAGAGAAUGACGAGGCUUCUGAAGAAUCAUUACUAGAAAUCGUUGAAGAAGAAUUCAUUCAAGAGAAAACCGUAGAGAAUUUCAAAGCUUCUUCAUCGUCUGAUUUUAAAUUACAUGAUCAAAUUGAACAAGCAGCAGCAACAGGGGAAACACAGGAAGAAACAAACACAGAAUUUCAAUACCAGUCACCUCCAGUUUCUUCUCCUCCAUCUGAACAUCAAUCUGAUGUUGAAGAAGAAAAUGGCGGCAAAAUCGUCGAUCUCAUCAGAACAGCCACCGGAAUCUCUCGUGAUUUCACACAGAACACGGCUGCAAUAAUAUCUGCAAUACUGCUAGGUUUAUUUCUUAUUAUACCUGCAGGACUGAUUUAUGCAAGAAAAUCAGGCUCAAGACGAACAACAUCCACAGCGGCCAUUGCGGAAGAGCAGCAAGAGGAGCCAUUGCUGAAAGAUAAGAAGACGAACCAGAGUCUGGUGGAAGAGGAAGAAGAAGAAGAAGCACCGGAUGAUGACGACGAUGAUAUGGCCGGAGAAUUUUGCUCUUCUGAAACGAGUAGUUUUUUCCAGUACAGCAGCGUGAGAGAAGGAGAAACAGAAACAGCAAAAAGAUCGAAUGAAUUUCAAAGCCAUAGCCAUGUGAGGAGGGAGAAUUCAAGAAGAGAAUCCAUCGCUGAAGCAGCGACCAGAUCGAGUGAAGUUCAGAGCCAUAGCCAUGGGAGGAGGAAGAUUAGGAUGGAGAAUUCACGAGAAUCCAUGGCUUCUUCUUCUUUGGAUGAUUACUCAGUGUCCUCUUCGGCUUCUCCAUCUUAUGGGCGUUUCACAACUUAUGAGAAGAUCCCAAUCAAGCAUAAAAAUGGAGACGAAGAGAUCGUGACUCCCGUCAGACGCUCUAGUAGAAUUAGAAAUCGACACAAUAAUAGUUGAUUCGUGUAUUAAAUGAAAAAA